GACAUCUACUGCAAGCUGUCCAAACGCUCCUGACCUAGCAGAGCUUCUGGGAAGAUUUCGUCACCCCGAAAAGCAGUCUCAGGCUUUCCCAGAGAACUGGAAAGGCUUUCUAUCCCCGACCCCCAAGAACGAUCCGCAGCAAACUGCAAGAAAGUUUCCUCCUCGUUCAACUUUACGUGUUUGGGGUGGAGUGGGGAGGAAUGACUUUUUCCUGAGCAUCACUUCCACUGCAUCUGGGCAAGGGAAGGGACUUCCCAGCAGGACCCAAGCUAGGGUCCCACACAGUGUCCUCUGGCCACUGACUGACUGCACGUGAGUCGCUCCGUCUGUGUCUUAUUCACUCUUGGGAGUCCUGCAGAGCGGCAGCGUGGAUGAAGUCGGCCUGCAAACCCCACGGCCCUCCGGCGGGAGCUCGCGGCGCGCCCCCGUGCGCGGGCGCAGCCGAGCGCGCGGUCUCGUGCGCGGGGCCCGGGCGGCUGGAGAGCGCGGCGCGCAGGCGUCUGGCGGCCAACGCGCGCGAGCGGCGCCGCAUGCAGGGGCUGAACACGGCGUUCGACCGGCUGCGCAGGGUGGUGCCGCAGUGGGGCCAGGACAAGAAGCUGUCCAAGUACGAGACACUGCAGAUGGCGCUCAGCUACAUCAUCGCGCUCACCCGCAUCCUAGCCGAAGCCGAGCGGGACUGGGUCGGGCUGCGCUGCGAGCAGCGGGGCCGCGAUCACCCCUACCUCCCUUUCCCGGGUGCUAGGCUCCAGGUAGACCCUGAGCCCUAUGGGCAGAGGCUCUUCGGCUUCCAGCCGGAGCCCUUCCCCAUGGCCAGCUAAGCCUCGGGGCCAUUUGGGUCUUAGGGGAGAAAACUCAAUCACCUUUUCUGCUUAAUUUCCUUCCCGUUUCAAACAGGUAGAUGAAAUGAGUUCAUUGCCUCCCUAUCUCCACUUCUCUUGUGUUUUGUAGGUUUCAUGAGUGGACAUCGCGAAUGACUUUGGACUGCUGUGAAAAUAAUGCUCUGUUCCUUUUAGCCUAAGACAACGGGGCUGGGGUCUAGCCGAGUUUGUAGAGGACUUGUCUUGCAUGUAUAAAAGUGGGGUUGAGCCCCAGCUGCCGCUUAGGCAGAGCACGGUGAUGCACGGCCUGUAAUCCUAGCGUCAUUCAGGAGGUGGAGAAACAUAUAUAUUUAAAUAUUUAAGACCCCAUGUCAAAAAAAAAAAAAAGAUUGAAUAAGACUGGUACUAAACCAUCAGACAGUUAGUUACCUUCUUAAACUGUGCAAGUUUGUCCCUAUUGGGCGAAGUUGUAUUAUGUGACUUGUUUAUGUUCUGAGCAGCUACCUUGUGGUGUAAAUGCAUUUAUGCUCCGUAUAUUGUGUGUGCAUGCAUCAGAUAGAGUAAGACUUUUUUUUCCCCCCUGGGGUCGAGGGUUGGGGAGCUGGUAGAGUACUUGGGUAUGAGCGCUCUGUAUUUUUUUAACUGUACACAUUAAAAUAUAGAUUUUGUAAAAUA